AUGUUCACCUUCACGCCGCUCCUCGGGGCACAGUCCUCGUCUUCAAAGGCAUCCCAGUCAAUUCUCGAGCUUGAAGGUGGAAUCAAGAUCCUCGUGGAUGUUGGCUGGGACGAGACUUUUGAUACAUUGGAACUAGCUGAGUUGGAAAAGCAUAUCCCGACGCUUUCUCUAAUUCUUUUGACCCAUGCGACAAUUUCACAUCUCGGUGCCUAUGUGCAUUGCUGCAAGGCGUUUCCUCUUUUCACACAGAUUCCAGUCUACGCCACUAGUCCGGUUAUUUCUCUCGGGAGGACACUUCUACAGGAUUUGUACGCCUCUACACCUCUCGCAGCAACCUUUUUACCAAAGUCUUCGGUAGCGGAACCCGGUGCUUCCAUUUCGGCUUCGUCUGAAGCAGCGUCAGUAGGGGAGAAUGAACAAAGUCAUAGCGAGAUAGCCUCCACCGGUCGAAUUCUCCUUCAGGCACCCACUACUGAAGAAAUCGCGCGAUACUUCUCACUCAUUCAUCCACUAAAAUACUCUCAACCCCAUUCGCCUCUUUGUUCGCCGUUUUCGCCUCCUCUCGAUGGCUUAAUGUUGACCGCGUAUAGCGCCGGGCAUACCGUUGGAGGCACGAUAUGGCACGUUCAGCAUGGUAUGGAGUCAAUUGUUUACGCAGUUGACUGGAACCAAGCAAGGGAAAACGUGGUAGCAGGUGCGGCAUGGUUUGGCGGAUCUGGCGCGAGUGGCACAGAAGUUAUUGAGCAACUACGUAAACCCACUGCUCUCAUCUGCAGUAGUAAAGGGGGCGAUAAGUUCGCGCCAUCUGGUGGUCGUCAAAAGCGGGACUUGCUUCUUUUCGAUAUGAUUCGCAGUAGUCUUGCCAAAGGUGGUUCCGUCUUGAUCCCAACCGAUACCUGCGCCCGGGUUCUAGAGCUCUCAUAUGCUCUGGAACAUGCUUGGCGUGAUGCUGCUGAGUCUGCCGAUGGAGACGAUGUGCUAAAAGGAGCUGAGCUCUACUUCGCAGGUAAAAAGGCUCAUAGCACAAUGCGGCUUGCAAGAAGUAUGCUGGAAUGGAUGGAUGAGAGUAUCGUCAGAGAGUUUGAAGCUGUCGAAGGAGAUAAUGCAACGGCUGGCAAAGGCCAACCAAGGACUGAUAGCCAAGCCCGCAAUGCCCCUGGUACACGAGACAAACAAACUACAAAACUCGCACCAUUUACUCUGAAGCACUUGAAGAUUGUUGAAAGAAAGAAGAAGUUGGAGAAGAUCCUCACAGACGGGACUCCAAAGGUAAUUAUUGCCUCUGACACUUCAUUGGAUUGGGGUUAUUCAAAAGAAUCUUUACGUCACUUGGCGCAGGGUUCCCAGAAUCUGAUCGUCCUCACCGAGUCGCUUCCAAAUCGGUAUAUGAAUGAUGACUCGAGUGAUGACCCAAAACUAUCAAAGAAAAUGAGUCUUGGUCGUAUGAUAUGGAAGUGGUAUGAGGAGCGCAAGGAUGGUGUGGCAAUGGAGACGGCGAAGAAUGGAGAGUUGCUCGAGCAAAUCCAUUCUGGAGGACAAGACCUUGUCGUGACCGAUGUAGAACGAACGCCUCUUGACGCAAAUGAGCAAUUAUUGUAUCAGCAGUAUCUCGCCACGCAAAGGCAAAUUCAAAACACGUCACAGGCACGCGGAGAGUCAACUAUUGAUGCGUCCGGGGAUGCUCUCGAUGAUGAUGGAGCAAGCUCGACUUCAUCAGAAGACUCGGACUCAGAGCAACAAGGGCGAGUCCUCAACUUCUCGACCUCAUUAGCACACUCGAAUCGAAACAAGCUGGGCCUGAGAGACGAGGACCUGGGUGUCAACAUUCUGUUACGGCGCAAAAAUGUUUUCGACUACGAUGUCCGUGGGAAGAAAGGACGAGAGCGAAUGUUUCCAUAUGUUGCUCAUAAAAAGCGUGGAGAUGAAUAUGGUGAAUUCAUUCGCCCUGAGGAAUACUUGAGAGCGGAAGAGCGCGAAGAAGCGGAUACGCAAGAAAAUUUAUCCAGAUCUCAGGGCGAGAUGAAGCUAGGGCAGAAGCGUCGUUGGGACGAAACCGGACCAAGCGGCCGUCGGUUAUCAGGGGGGGCUGGCAAACGCCAGGCGAUCUCUCAGAAUGGGAUACCUACCAACACCGAGGAAAAUAUCGGGUUGGCCGAUGAAGUAGCUGUGGAUGGCGACGACACUGAAUUGUCUGAAGAUGAGCCUGACGAUCCGCUAUUUGACGGCCCGGCCAAAUCCGUAUAUCAUCAGUCUAAUCUUACUGUGAACGCACGCAUAGCGUAUGUCGAUUAUAUGGGGCUGCAUGACAAGCGGAGUCUUGAAAUGUUGAUUCCACUCAUUCAGCCACGAAAGCUUAUUCUUGUCGGUGGCAUGAAAGAAGAAACGUCAAGUCUUGCGGCAGAAUGCCGGAACUUGCUUGCCGGCAAAGAUGUCGGCGAUCGAUCAACGAGUGUUGAUAUCUUCACACCAAUUAACGGAGAGACGGUUGAUGCCAGCGUGGAUACAAACACAUGGGUAGUAAAACUCAGCAACAACCUGGUCCGGCGCCUCAAAUGGCAGCAUGUGCGAAGCCUCGGUGUCGUGGCCAUCACUGCACAGUUGAAGCCGUCCGAGAUAGCACCCACCGAGGAAGAAGCCUUGGAGUCGGCCAGCAAAAAGCAGAAACUUUUGGAUGGCGAAGGUGAAUCCGGCACAGGUUCGACAGCAGGAGAAGGCGAGCAAGACCGGUCUAUCUCCAAGCCAGAUGUUUAUCCUAUCCUCGAUGUUCUCCCUGCCAGUAUCGCGGCGGGCACUCGCUCCAUGGCCCGGCCGCUCCAUGUGGGUGAUCUGCGUCUUGCGGACCUACGAAAGCUCAUGCAAUCGGCUGGCCACAAGGCCGAGUUCCGCGGCGAAGGAACGCUACUCAUCGAUGGAGUUGUGGCUGUUCGGAAAUCGAGUACGGGUGCCAUUGAAGUCGAGGCGGCGGCGCAGUUUUCUGCGUCCAACCGAAGAGGAACAGGAAGCUUUCUGGCCGUGAAGCGAAAGAUCUAUGAAGGUCUCGCAGUUGUGGCAGGGGGCUAG